AUGAUGAAAAGAAAUGGUGUAAUUUUUGUCGAACGUGAACCAGCAAAACGAGUUGUUCUUUAUCCCACACUAGAUCAACGGCAAGCUCAAGAUAAAAAUAAUCACAAUAAUAAUGUUUUAUCUGCAACAAGGGCUGAAACAGCCAGUCAUAUUCAAAAUAGAUUUCCAAAUCAAGCUAUAUCUACUCCGAUUUCUUUAACAACAACCAAUCAUCUCAAACAUGCCGAUUUUAAACAAAAUACUCUUAGUAGAGCACUGUCCAAAGAUGACCAAUCCCUGGAUGAUACAACGGUGCCAAAAGUAUAUCGUCAACAGACACCAUUUAACCUCGGUCAGCUAAAUGACCAAACUAGUAAUAUCUCACGAAACAAUCCAUAUUAUUCCAAUCCAUUUUUUCGUCCAAAAGUGGUAGUUGAACAAAAGGGUACUGUGCCGCCACCCUCUGACGACUCGAACAAAGAUUCAGCAUCGUCGAUAGUAAGCAUCACCACGACAACAAGUGAAGCAGUUCCAUGGGAUCAAAAUAACGCAAUAGCAAGAGUCAAUAGUAGAAAACAGAACAAUGUGUAUAAUACUGACAAUAACGCGAACACCUGCAAUGUCACUGUUAUAAAUGGACAACCGGCAUUCUCACAACGGACAACACCGCGUGAUGAAUCAACAGGUUCAACUUCAACUGUCCUGGAUAAUAAUAUGGCUGCUCUUGAUCUUAAUCGCUGGGCGGAGUUAGUGAUACCGACACCAAGGCGAAGUCUGUCAGCGAGUCUAGAAAGGCAGCGUAUGAUGGCACCCAAAUCGAAUGUUUCUAAUAUUGACAAGGUUAUUUCUUUGUCAAAUUCCGUUUUUUUCUCUCUGAAUACACGGCGAGGUCCGUUAAAUAAAUCAACAACCAUCAACGAUUUUGUACGUCAUCAACGACGAGAAUAUCGUAAUAGUGCAACGACUGCCUCAAGAAGUACAAACUCUUCUCCAUCUUCGUUGUCUGUUUCUCACGAACAACAGCAACAGACACAACAACAAUCUGUUGCAAUUAAUCAGAGUUGGAAGACAGCGCUCGCUACUAAAUUUCAACAAAAUGCUCGCUUAUCAGCCACAAAACUGUUCACACCAAAAAUAAAUUUUUUGAAUUUGACUAAAAUUGAUACACCAUUCAAGGGUGAUAGAAGCAUUUUGUUCACUCAUAACAAAGAUGAUAAAACGAAAAAUCAGCCGACAUCAUUAUCUGUCGAUGAUGGUGUGAUAACGACUUUGAUAAAACCAGUUGCAGAUAGUUCAAAAACACAAAUUAAACAAGAAGUUGUUGAGACCAUCAGAGUACAGACUAGCACUACUGUUCCGUUACCAAUCAGUAACAAUUCCAGUAAAGAGCUUGUUCAAGAAAACGUACCUACUCAGCAAACGAUGGCGGAGAAUAUUGUAAAAUCAGCGGGCAAUUUCGAUCAACAACGAGCAAUCAUUACAAGGGUAAUGAAUAGACGGGAUUUUGUGAAAAUGAAUGAUUUCAAAACACCACAGCAAACAAUAAAUGUUCGUUCAUUGUCACUUCCCGGAAAAAGCUUAAAUAAUGUAAUUCAACUGACGACAAUCAUGGACCGUAAUAACACCAGUAAUAAUAAUAAUAAUGACAAUAAUCGGUUGAAAAUUACAAUGCCAUCACAAAACAGCGUUAAAACUGUCACAACAACAAUCGAUAUAAACAAGCUGCAAGUACAAAACUCGACAAGUGCAAUAGUUCGUUCAAAUAGCGUCUUAGUAAAUAGUAAAUGUAGACGAAACGAACAAGUUAAAAAACGGAGUAGAAGUGCAUCAAAUACGCCGACUGAUGGGUAA